AACAAGCUUUCCUAGGCAGCCAAAGCGGCUCCUCUUCCGAAAGCCUGCGCUGCCUCUGGAGACAAGAAGCCUUCAGUAUGUUAAAUGACUUUCAUUAUGCAUUUUCAGAUGCUUAUUGAUUCUACGGUGGGAAGCGGGAGACUGCAGCACGCUCAGAAAGCAGCACUGCAUGCUGUGUGCAUGUGAACAAACAGCGCGGAAACAAUGGCACAGCACAAGCGCAAAUUUUCAUUAAGGUCCUUUUUCGGAGAAAUGCUAUUCACCCUCUUCCCCCUGUACUCUGCUAACAAGUGAAAAAAAAAACAACCACCACCAAAAAACAAACAAACUAUGAAUCCCUCCAAACUGGAACUGUUCCACCGGCUUCGGGAAUUUAUUGCAUCCUCAAUAGAGGGAGCAUAUAAUCUGAUUCGGUUUUAUUACCAACAACAAGAAAAACACAGUCGCCCGCAGAUCUUCACAACAGCUAUCGGGAUGUUCUUAUUAUAAUAUAUGUUUUUAAACCCAAGGAUUUACAAGAAAGUUAUGGAUCUACAUUCCCCCUUGAAUGGCGUGUGAUGCAUAUAUGGACAGAGAGGACUAACAAAGGCACCUGCUCAAAUACUCAAGGAGAGAAGAUUAAUUCAGUGGCUUAUUGCUGAAGCAAAAUGGUGAGCACCUCUUGCAAAUGGAUUUAUAACAUAAAACCAGAAUUGUGGAUUUGGCUGACGAAUGAAGAAACAGUAACACAAAUUUUCCCUGAAGGAAUAUCUAGAUAAAUACGAGCAUGCUAAAAUUUGGCUCCAAGGAUGUCAUAUACAACAAUAAAACGCCAUUUGUAGCACUUAGUACAGUGACUAAAGUUUAAGGGAACUAUCCUAACCAGCUGAUGUAGUUUAUGACCCGAGUUAUAGUAGCUGCAAAUGAGCACACAGUAACUGGAUUAAUGCAACACACAGCAAUUUUUGUGGCAAACCCAGGACUCCACACUAAUGAACAAAAGUACCACACAAGCCAUUGUACAACUCUAACAAAAGGGCAUUUUUGAAGUCCAGUGUUAAUUUCUAUUCUGCAGCUUACAUUUUUAGAAAUGAAAUUAAAAAGUGGUGCCAAACAAUGGAGAAGAGGCUAGAAAUUAUGAAUCAAUCACAAAAGAGUUGCUGUCCACCGGUGGCUUUUAAAAGGGAGAGACAACUCAUAUACACCAGGCUCUGGUCUGUAGGAACCUAUAAUUAAGCCUUUUUGUUCAAUUGUGCUUUUUUUUUCAUCUGCUGCUGAUGUGCUGAAAACAAAAAGAAAAACUAAAAUAUUCUGCAAGGCUGGAAACAGAUCGCAGCCAUCUUUCUGUUGCCAGGUGAAAACGCAUGUCAAAAUCUGUCAGUGACACCAUGUAUGAAUUUAUGAGAAGCUGCUAUAGUGAGCUGAAAGGCCCCUGAGGCAACAGAAAACAGGGCAAAACAAACUUCCAACCAAAGAAUGUGUUUCUCUUCCAUUCUAGAAGUCAACAUGCAGUCUGAAUCCAACAUUACAGUUCGAGAUGCCAUUGACGACAUCGACACAAAUAUGUACCAACCACUGUCUUAUCCAUUAAGCUUUCAAGUUUCUCUUACUGGAUUUCUGAUGCUAGAAAUUGUAUUGGGACUUGGCAGCAACCUCACUGUCUUGGUACUUUACUGCAUGAAAUCCAACUUAAUCAACUCGGUCAGUAACAUUAUUACAAUGAACCUGCACGUCCUUGAUGUAAUAAUUUGUGUGGGAUGUAUCCCUCUAACUAUAGUUAUUCUUCUGCUUUCUCUGGAGAGCAACACAGCACUGAUCUGCUGCUUCCACGAGGCUUGUGUCUCCUUCGCAAGUGUCUCCACCGCAAUCAACGUCUUUGCUAUCACUUUGGACCGAUACGAUAUCUCUGUGAAGCCUGCAAACCGGAUCUUGACGAUGGGAAGGGCUGUGACGCUCAUGACAUCGAUAUGGAUCGUCUCUUUCUUCGCCUUCUUAAUUCCAUUCAUCGAAGUGAAUUUCUUCAGUCUUCAAAGUGCCAAUACUUGGGAGAAUAAGACGCUCUUGUGCGUCAGCACCAAUGAAUACUACACAGAGCUGGGAAUGUACUACCACCUUUUGGUGCAGAUUCCUAUAUUUUUUUUCACCGUUAUAGUAAUGUUAAUUACGUACAGCAAAAUCCUCCAGGCACUCAAUAUCCGAAUAGGCACAAGGUUCUCCACGGCACAGAAGAAAAAAGCAAGGAAGAAAAAAACCAUUUCUUUGUCCACGCAACACGAAACUACUGAAGUAUCCCAAAGCAGUGGAGGGAGAAACGUCGUCUUUGGCGUGAGGACUUCCGUUUCUGUUAUAAUUGCCCUACGGAGAGCUGUAAAGAGACAUCGCGAAAGGCGGGAAAGACAGAAGAGAGUCUUCAGGAUGUCACUGUUGAUCAUUUCAACUUUUCUUCUCUGCUGGACGCCAAUUACGGUUUUAAACACUACCAUUUUAUGUUUGGGCCCAAGUGACCUUUUGGUAAAACUGAGGUUAUGUUUUCUAGUCAUGGCAUACGGAACUACCAUUUUCCACCCUCUACUAUACGCAUUCACCCGACAGAAAUUUCAGAAAGUUCUGAAAAGCAAAAUGAAAAAACGCGUUGUUUCAAUAGUGGAAGCUGACCCCAUUCCAAAUAAUGCUGUUAUACACAACUCGUGGAUAGAGCCCAAGAGGAACAAGACAAUUACUUUUGAAGACCAUGAAGUAAGACAAAAAUGCCUAGUACCUCAGGUUGUCACAGAUUAGAUUUCAGUAUGCACCGAAUCAUUUAAUAGGAAAUGUUAAGAAGAAGCUGAAGUAAAUACUGCCAAAUAAGGAUCUUUUUUU